GUCACGGAGGCUGGGGACUCCUGGAGACUAUAAAGCGCACCUUCAGUGCAGAUCUCCGCUCUCCAGCUGCUGCCUGGGAGCUCCUUCCUGGCAGGACCCAAGCGGGAAUAGUCUCUCUGGUUCUUCCCUGCCCCCGCAGAGCCGCAAACUCCCAGGACUAAGUGUGACUCCUGCUCCACAGUCUCUGCCCCAUCACAGCAUCCCUGGAGCGGGUACUUCCCUACCCUCUACGAGGCAGUGCCCAAGACCACCGUGUCCAGGGCUUGAAGAACUUGAGUGGAGCCGGCUCCUGCUAGUGGCGGGAGUGUGGCAGGUCCCGGGCUGCGGACACCAGCCAUGACCUCAGUCCCCACCGCAGAGAGCUGGACCGACAGGACGGCAGGAGUGGGGACCCAGGCAGAGAACCUGAGCACUGCACUGGGGGUCACUGAGUGGCUUGCGCUCCAGGCUGGUAACUUCUCCUCGGGUCUGGGGCUGCCGUUGACAUCCCAGGCACCUUCCCAGGCUCGGGCCAAUCUCACAAAUCAGUUCGUGCAGCCGUCCUGGCGGAUCGCACUCUGGUCGCUGGCCUAUGGCUUGGUAGUGGCUGUGGCAGUCUUUGGAAACCUCAUCGUUAUUUGGAUCAUCCUGGCCCACAAGCGCAUGAGGACCGUCACCAACUAUUUCCUGGUAAACCUGGCUUUCUCCGACGCCUCCAUGGCUGCCUUCAACACCUUGGUCAAUUUCAUCUAUGCUCUGCACAGCGAGUGGUACUUUGGCGCCAACUACUGCCGCUUCCAGAACUUCUUUCCCAUCACAGCAGUGUUCGCCAGCAUCUACUCUAUGACAGCCAUUGCAGUGGACAGGUAUAUGGCCAUUAUCGAUCCUCUGAAACCCAGACUAUCUGCCACGGCCACCAAGAUUGUCAUUGGGAGCAUUUGGAUUUUGGCAUUUCUACUUGCCUUCCCUCAAUGUCUUUAUUCCAAAAUAAAAGUCAUGCCAGGACGUACUCUUUGCUAUGUGCAGUGGCCAGAGGGUCCCAAGCAACAUUUCACGUACCACAUUAUUGUCAUCAUCCUGGUGUACUGCUUCCCAUUGCUCAUCAUGGGUGUCACCUACACCAUAGUUGGAAUUACCCUCUGGGGAGGAGAGAUCCCAGGAGACACCUGUGACAAGUACCAUGAGCAGCUGAAGGCGAAACGAAAGGUUGUAAAAAUGAUGAUCGUUGUUGUGGUGACAUUUGCCAUCUGCUGGCUGCCCUACCACAUUUAUUUCAUUCUCACUGCGAUCUACCAACAGUUAAACAGGUGGAAAUACAUCCAACAGAUCUACCUGGCUAGUUUCUGGCUAGCAAUGAGCUCAACCAUGUACAACCCCAUCAUCUACUGCUGUUUGAAUAAAAGAUUCCGUGCAGGCUUCAAGAGAGCAUUUCGUUGGUGUCCUUUCAUCCAAGUCUCCAGCUUUGACGAGUUGGAGCUCAAGACUACAAGGUUUCAUCCCACGCGGCAAAGCAGCCUGUACACUGUGAGCAGGAUGGAGUCGGUGACAGUGCUGUUUGACCCCAAUGACGGGGACCCAGCCAAGUCUAGCCGCAAGAAACGGGCAGUGCCCAAAGACCCGAGUGCCAACGGCUGCUCUGGCAAAGAUUCCAAAUCUGCCUCCACCACGUCAAGUUUCAUCAGCUCACCCUAUACCUCUGUGGAUGAAUAUUCCUAAAUCCAUGUCCCGAGGUGAGGGCUGUUAUGAAGCGUAGGUUCCCCCAUUCUCCUAGCCAUGUCAAGUCCUGUUCUAGAUACUUUGGGGAAGCAGAAGGACAAAUAUUAGGUAGGGAUACUUAACCUGAGAAUAUAAGUAUAACAAAAACUAGCAACAUAUCAACCAGCACAAAAAAAAAUCCUAGUCUUCAAUUAAUUCUUUAAAAACUUUAGGAUCACAUGCAACAAGCACAAAAUGUGAAUCGUAAAAAUGCCCUAAGUGUCCAGGGCCUGUCAUUUAACAAUGGCAAUGCACCUUUGCGACACAGAAAUGGCAUAAAGGUUUUCUACGAGAUUAAGACCUCAAAAUACAUUCCUGAGCAAAGGGAAACAACACCUAUAUAAAACAAGUUCUGUACUUCUGUGAAAACAAAGGGCAAAUGGCUGAUUUUCCCACAAGAGUAAUGGAUAGAGAGUGGUGGAUAGUCAACCUCAAAGAAUAGGAAGAUCUGGAAAACUUUGCUCAAGAAAAUUCAUUUUGUAGAAUGAAAACUUUCAGAAAUUCCCUCCAAGGCGUUUAGAAGCAAAGGCUAUAUGGUCAAAUCAUUGCCCAAAUAUACAUGAUUUACUCUUGAUUAUUGUUUUCCAAGGAAAUAACAUCAAAAGAAACAAAGAAUCAUCACUUAAUUUUGGUUACUAAGUGUUUCAAGUACUAAAAUAAGUUGCAGUCAAAUUUAGAACCUUAAAGGACAAAGAAAAUUCUUAGGAUCCUCUUUAUUUUAUUGUUUGCAUGUUAAAAAAAUAAGUAAAGUGUAAAACACUAAAAAUACUUUAUAAUGCAGAAGGAAAGACUCCCAUUUGCCUCUGUAACUCACUACCUGGAUGUAGGUAGCAAUUUAACGGUACGUAUAAGUUAUCAAGAUAGACACUAGCAUCUCCAAGUCCCCAAGCCACUUGCUUCCCACUGUAGAACAAAGAAAAAAAUCACAGUCAUUGCUUUAUUUUAUAUCAUGUCGUCCUCCUCCUGUUUUCUCCCUGGGGGGAAAAACAAAGGCCAGGGGGAAAUAACACAAUGUAUUUCAAGUGUAAGUCAAGAACAGAAUGAUAUGUUGAAAAAUAUCAAGAUACGUAUUAAAUCAGAGAAGACUCAGAUCUGUGCAUCUCUGGCCAGAAAAGGAGUCAGCACAAUAGUCAGGGUAUAUGAGCUACUUACAGAUGAGGAAUAGGACAGUGCACAUGUCUCCAGGAACAUAAUUCUGCUUUUCUGUGCUUAGAUAAUGGAAUUCACUAAGAAAGAAACGAGGUAGUGACACUUGUAUGUGUGUAUGUAUGUGCAUAUGUAUCCCUUUCUAGAGCUUGUCUGACUUAUCUAAUGUUUAUUAGUAUUUUCCAGUCUUCUUUCUUGGUCUUAUAAUUUCUUCCUUCAUGAAUUUGUGUUUGGAAUAUAUUGUGACAUUUAUCUGUUUCAAUUAUGGGAUAUGUAUGAUUUUCUUUAAUAUACAAGCAUGUUUUCAAGAUCCAGAACAAAAUAGACAACACCUGAAAAUAUAGAAUGUGUCUUCCAGAUUCUGUUCCUUACACAUCAUUUCUGCUUCAAUUACUACAACUAUUUGUCCAGAAAUCACAAACUCUCUGGGAAUGAGAUAUACAAACUUGUAUUUCCAAACAUUCAAGUGGGUUGCUAAAACUAUUUGUCUAAAAUAAUUGCCUCUAGCACCUUUUUCCUUGUUAUGCUCUACCAACAUAAGCACCAAAUACUUUUUUCAAGGGUAGUAGGACAAAAACAAUUAUCUGAUGAUAAAUCAUGGUUGAUUAUCGUGACAUUAGUCUCUGGGCCUCCUCUCCUUUUUAAAGUCCAAACCAAAGAAAUAUCUGAUUGCUACACAAUUUCAAGUGUCUAAACUACCAAGUCAUAUAUGUUUGAGAUUACUUUAAUAACUCCAACCAACAAUCACACAACCAGAUAUAUAUAUAUAUAUAUGAAUGUGCAGAUACACACUGUCAAAAUGAACAUAAUGAUUAACAUAAGGAUUAAAUUCAAAACUAAAACUGAAAUAUCAGGUGGUCAUACAGGCUUGCCACAAAAUCAUUCAGUGACAUCUAUGGAGCAUUGGGUGCAUGUUUCAACGUAGCAACUGUACUAAGUAUUUCACUGUUUGAAUAUAGUGUUUAAAAUGUUCAUUCUUAAAACAUGUGUUUAUCAAAUGUAAAAGUGUCAUGAGAAAACCUGAUAUGUGUCACUUUCUUUUUAAAUUUAUGAAUACAUAUAUACUUAUACUCAAUGUACAUGAGAGCAUAUUCAGUCUUGGAAUACGAAUGUGAAGUUUGGCCUUCAAAUUCGAUGCAGUCAGUCACCCCCAAAACACCUUUGGAAAUGUAACUCCUGGCUUUCACAUUAGGGAAGUUCAGUAGAAUUUUCUAAGAGCUCUCUGAGUUGACUGUUGCUGCAAUCAGUUGUCAUUACUUUCGUUUGGAUUUUUUUUUAGCAAAUCUGAAGUCACUUUGUUCAGCAACCCUCCCUUCUCUGCUGGAACUGUCGCCCCUGAGACUCACACACUAGCUUUUUAGGGCCUUGUAAAGCAAACUGACAUCAUUUGCUCAAAGCUCAUGGUUAAAGCAAGAGUAAGAGACAGACAUUUUUAAGCUUAGAAGUUUAAAUAACGGGAGUAAACUGAAUAUGUGGAUAGGAAAAGGACAAUAAACUAUUUUCAUUAAAGUUCAACACAGAACUGCCAAGUUAAGCACAUGGAGGUUGGCUUCCCCGGUGCCAACUUUAAAGAUGAUCUUGUUUGCAUAUUUGACAGAGUUUACAUGACUUUGCCUCCAAAACCCGAUCUACCCUCUAAUGUUAAAGUUCAGACCAAAUCUUUUUCACUGUUCACAAACACUGACUCGGAAUCCUAGACAGGUGGCUAAAAUAUCCCAAGUUUUCAUAUUUUAAGUAUCGGGGGGGAAACUAAAAUAGUUGGAGGGAAAUGUAAAAGAGCAAAAUUGACCAGUAUUUUAAGUUUCUCUUUUGAAAAAGAAAAAAAGUGAAUUCGAAAUCAGUCUCUCUUUUUGUUCUUUACAUUCGUAGGAAGGAAAGCAACAGCCCCAGUUACUAUAGAGUCCACUCUAAUGUAUGUUUUGGCGCUUCUGUAAACGCUAUUCCACCUCCCAACAGUAGGAAGCUGACAUUUCUAACCCAGCAGCCAAUUCGCAUUCUCUCUGGCAUCUGGCCAUCUCUUAGAAACAGGUACCUGACUGACUUCAAAGAGCUUCCGUCCCUGCACCCUCGCACCGUGCACCAAAUGCCAGAAGGCUUGAUAUCAAACCCAAGAAACACAAAAUAAAUGUGAAAACAGUGCUGGCCAGCUCAGAAUCUGGACUGGAUUUUUGUGACUGCACAAUUCCCUCAGAAAACCUCUAAUUGGUGCCUGGACAACUAUUCCAUCAAAUAAAAUGGCAACAAUUUAACAAAUGACAGGAACAGCCAGCUUCCUUUGCCGUUGACCAUGUGCCAAAAGUUAAGGAACUCAACCGUGGAUCUGGCCGUGCAGAAUAAUAAGAUUGGAGUAAAUUCCCUUCAGGCCAAACAAGAAUUGAAAAGAUAUCCAUUAGGGUUAUACAAGGUCACUAAUUGUCUUGUUUAAUAUAUAUUAGUGAAUAAAUCUGUGUUUAUAAGAAGUUCACAUAUAUACAACUUGUAAUUAGUGAAUAAAGUAUUUUCAUGUUGUAAUAAUUAUACUAGGUAUAUUUAAUAAGUUCAUACUCUUUGCAUAUGUGGUAAUAAAAGGCAAAAUCAA